GGGCUGUCAUCACGGUCUCACAACAGUGGAUUCGCUGUGAUGGGAGUGAGCGGAGAAUAGAUGUGCGACUGUCUCGCUAGUUUAUUCAAGGAGGAAGAUAAAGGUAUGAGACGGGCAGGGCAUGGUGAACAGAGGUAGGCUAGAUUAAAUACAAGUAAGGGAUCUCUUAGUGAUUCUUAGAUCUAGGGCUGUUUAUUGACUAGUCUUUAUCAUAACGAACUGACUGCAAGGGAAAUCAUUUACACGUUUUAUUCAUACUAUCAUAUUAUAAGGCGGAAGGUAUGUCUUGUAAAGUGACAUGUCACGACAGAGCGAUAAUAUGAGCAUAGUCAGUCAAUAGCGAAGUAUUAAGUGAUAGGCUUAUACGGAACAAAAUAAACAGAGGAGAAGGCGAACUAUGAACCGAAGAUGAUUUCUGCUAAGAAAACUCCGGAAAAGAGUCGUUAUCCUAUUCACUAUAUGGUGUGGCACAACAAACAUCGGAAGCUGGAGAAAGCGCUAUCCAUGAACGAGCAGGUGGAUGUGGAGACCCUGGACCCCCGGGGUCGGACCCCCCUCCACCUGGCUGUAACUCUGGGUCACCUGGACUGUGCCCGCCUGCUCCUCCAACAUGGUGCCAACGUCAGCAAGGAGAACCGCAACGGAUGGACAGUGCUCCAGGAAGCAGUCAGCACACGAGACCCAGAGCUGGUGCGCCUAGUUCUGCAUUACCGUGACUACCAGCGGACCACUAAGAGACUGGCGGGAAUCCCUGUCCUCCUGGAGAGACUGCACCAGGCUCAGGACUUUUACGUGGAGAUGAAAUGGGAGUUUACUAGCUGGGUGCCGCUGGUGUCUCGUAUCUGCCCCAGUGACACGUACCGCGUGUGGAAGAGUGGCCAGUGUCUGCGCGUAGACACCACUCUCAUGGGCUUUGAUCAGAUGACCUGGCAGAGAGGAAACCGAAGCUUCAUCUUCCGGGGUCAAGACUCCAGUGCGGUGGUGAUGGAGGUGGACCACGACAGACAGCUGGUGUUCUGUGAGACCCUGUGUGUGUCCUCUCCGACGUCUCCCUCGCCUCGGCGGGGCACUACCGGCCUGGGCCUCCUGGGAGCACUACUGCCCAGCGAGGAGCAGGUGGCAGCCCGCCUCUCCGCCCCCGUGGUCACCACCCAGCUAGACACCAAAAACAUCACCUUUGAGAGAAAUAAGACUGGCAUCCUUGGCUGGCGCAGUGAGAAGACAGAGAUGGUGAACGGGUAUGAGGCUAAGGUGUACGGAGCCUCCAAUGUGGAACUGAUCACUCGAACCAGAACUGACCAUCUCAGUGAGCCACUGAAGGCGAAGCCCAAAGGCGGUAAGACGCCCCUGCAGAACUUCCUAGGGAUCGCCGAGCAACACGUGGGGCCCAACAAUGGGGCCCUAGUGACUCAGAUGUCAUGUCCUGCCGUGACCAACCCCACAUCCCUGACAGCCGAGGAGUACUUCAAUCCCAACCUGCCCCUGGGCACCCGGGACAUUGGCCACCCCUGUCAACUCACCACCAAGACUCAGAGGUUCAAGGCUAAGCUGUGGCUGUGUGAGUCCCAUCCUCUGUCUUUAGCGGAGCAGGUGGCGCCCAUCAUUGACCUCAUGGCCAUCUCCAACGCCCUCUUCGCCAAGCUCAGGGACUUCAUUACCCUGCGACUGCCCCCCGGCUUCCCUGUCAAGAUCGAAAUUCCCAUUUAUCACAUCCUGAAUGCCCGGAUCACCUUUGGGAACCUGAACGGGUGUGAGGAGGGGUCUGUGACGGGGCCGGACCGGGUGGAGGGGGAAGGGGAGGUGGACGGACAGAAGGACAGCAGCCCCAGGACUGACACAGACACCCCCUCCCCAGGCAGCGACUCUUCUAGUGUCUCCAGCUCCAGCUCCACGACGUCGUGUCGUGGAGGGGAGAUCCCCCCGUGUGUGUUCGAGCCCCCUCAGGGUUACACUGUGCUGGGAGGCAACCAGAGGGCAAACAACAUGCGUGGUGAUGAGGAGGAGGACCUGCUGCAGUUUGCCAUCCAACAGAGUCUGCUGGAGGCUGGCUCUGAGUACGACCAGGUGACUAUCUGGGAGGCGCUGACCAACAGCAAGCCCAGCACACGUACUCUUCCCUGUGACCCCAGUCGCCUGCAAAGGACUCCUCAGCACAGGCCUUGCCCUCCAACCAGUCUCUGUAACACGCCCACCAAGAAGCCCCCAGCAGCCUGCAGCUACGACCAGCAGCUCCGCCUGGCCAUGGAGCUGUCGGCACGGGAGCAGGCUGAGGCCGAGCUACGGCGACGGCAAGAGGAGGAGGAGCUGCAGCGGAUCAUCCAGCUGUCACUCAUGGAGAAAUGAGAGCCUGAUUGGCCAGAUGGGCUGUAGGAGGUAUGGGAAAGGAGGAGAAGGAGGUGCAGAGAAGGUAGUCAAUAGGAGCACCCUACUCCUGGCUGUGACAGCCUUGCUCCUCCGACCGUCCCAUAUCCCCUUUCCCACUGUGCUCCUUCAAUAAGAGCCUGUCUGUGUGGCACAACAGGGCUCUACAGUGCUGAUACCGCUACAGUACAGACUCACUACUCUCUGGUGCCACUCUGCACUCGCAGUCAGUGUAAGUUUACAACAAGGAACAAGAAGAAACACUUUUAUGGAAUGCUACAUUGACCGACCACAUCAGUGGGGCUAGGGUAAUACAAAUAGUUUUUGUGUGUGAAGGCCAUGCGUUAAUAGGGUUUGUGUCCACUUCACAGUCUUAUUCAUUAGGCACCAAACGAAAGAAAAUGUAAUGAAACAGGGACGGACUACUUGAAAUUGUCUAAUAAGAAACACUUGUUUUCGUUUACUGUUGCAAAUAAUUCUGCUAUAGUGUGCCCUAAUGAAUACUGCCCUCUGUGUGAGUGUCAGGUGGGUCAAAGGGGUGGGAUGUUGACAUACCCUAUUACUUCCUAAUUUUUAAUAGAUUGCUGCACCCCCCCCCCCCCCCUUUGAUUUGCGCAAAAUCUAAACGUACUGUAUUUACACUGGAUGGAAUCUUGAUGACUGUUUAUGGUUCUAAUAUGUAAAUAGAAUAAUAAACCUGUAGAGUUCAUGAUAAUAUGAUAACACUAUGACAGGAGUUCAUGUUAAUAUGAUAACACCAUGGCAGGAGUUCAUGUUAAUAUGAUAACACCAUGACAGGAGUUCAUGUUAAUAUGAUAACACUAUGACAGGAGUUCAUGAUAAUAUGAUAACACCAUGGCAGGAGUUCAUGUUAAUAUGAUAACACCAUGACAGGAGUUCAUGUUAAUAUGAUAACACCAUGACAGGAGUUCAUGAUAAUAUGAUAACACCAUGACAGGAGUUCAUGAUAAUAUGAUAACACUAUGACAGGAGUUCAUGAUAAUAUGAUAACACCAUGGCAGGAGUUCAUGUUAAUAUGAUAACACCAUGACAGGAGUUCAUGAUAAUAUGAUAACACCAUGACAGGAGUUCAUGUUAAUAUGAUAACACCAUGACAGGAGUUCAUGAUAAUAUGAUAACACCAUGACAGGAGUUCAUGAUAAUAUGAUAACACUAUGACAGGAGUUCAUGAUAAUAUGAUAACACUAUGAUAGGAGUUCAUGAUAAUAUGAUAACACCAUGACAAGAGUUCAUGAUAAUAUGAUAACACCAUGACAGGAGUUCAUGAUAAUAUGAUAACACCAUGGCAGGAGUUCUUGUUAAUAUGAUAACACUAUGACAGGAGACUGGUCCGUUGGCAGCUUGUCUGUUCACAACAGGUGCAGCAUCCUAUACCUUUCAAUGUGUACUACCACCAUACAGCUGCUGUUGCUCACCCUUUGAACUCCAGAGGGGCUAAUAUAACCAUGACCUACACUAUAUGGCUACACAUGAAUGAAUAUAUACUGAACAAAAAUAUAAACGCAACAUGCAACAAUUUCAACGAUUUUACUGAGUUACAGUUCAUAUAAGGUAGUCAAUUGAAAUAAAUUCAGUAGGUCCUAAUCUAUGGAUUUCACAUGACUGGGAGUACAGAUAUGCAUCUGUUGAUCAGAUACCUUAAAAAAAGUAGGGGCAUAGAUCAGAAAACCAGUCAGUAUCUGAUGUGACCACCAUUUACCUCAUGCAGCGCGACACAUCUCCUUCGCAUAGAGUUGGUCAGGCUGUUUGUCAUCUGCCCGGUACAGUUGAAACCGGGAUUCAUCCGUGAAGAGCACACUUCUCCAGCAUGCCAGUGGCCAUCGAAGGUGAGAAUUUUCCCACUGAAGUUGGUUACGACCCUUGUGAGAAUGACAAGCACGCAGAUGAGCUUUGUGUAGAAAUCCUUUGGUUGUGCAAACCCACAGUUUCAUCAGCUGUCCGGGUGGUUGGUCUCAAGACAAUCCCGCAGGUGAAAAAGCCAGAUGUGGAGGUCAAGGACUGGCAUGGUUACACGUAGUCAGCGGUUGUGAGGCCAGUUGGACAUGCUGCUAAAAAAAACGUGACAUUGGAGGAGGCUUAUGGUAGAGAAAUAAACAUUACAUUCUCUGGCAAGAGAUCUAGUGGACAUUCCUGCAGUCAACAUGUCAAUUGCACACUCCCUCAAAACUUGAGACAUCUGUGGCAUUGUGUUGUGACACAACUGAACAUUUUAGAGUGGCCUUUUAUUGUCCUCAGCACAAGGUGCACCUUUGUAAUGAUCAUACUGUUUAAUCAGUAUCAGGAUGGAUUAUCUUGGAGAAAUGCUCAUUAAGAGGGAUGCAAACAAAUUUGUGCCCAAAAUUUGAGCGAAAUAAGCUUUUUGUGCGUAUGGAAAAUUUCUGCAAUCUUUUAUUUCAACUCACGAAACAUGGGACCAAUGCUUUACAUGUUGCGUUUAUAUUUUUGUUCAGUGUAGAUCCAUCUUUUUCACGGAGGUUCUUACAGGGAGCACAUAUAUUGUAGGUUUCUGUUAUGAAGGGAGAGGUGAGACAUGGAGAGAAUAGAGAUGACAAAUGGGGACUGGUGGAGACACGUUUCAUAGUGAGCUUUGUGAGUUUGAUAUUUUACUGAAAAAAAGCCUCUGCACUCGAUAUGAAUGGAGCUGUGAUGGGUUUGUCUGCGUGGGGAGUGGAGUGGUACUUGUGUGACAUUUCAGCAUGGCCGACACUUGUGUGGGUGUUCAUUUCUGACCUGAGACAAUCUCGGGCAGGGGGGGGCAGGCGAUAUACAUUAAAUGGGCAGGUGUGGUUUUUAACUUUUAAAAAAAACUAUUAAAACAAAGAACAUCAGCACAAAUUAGAGGUCUGGUUCAUACUCUUAUUUAUUGUUUAGUUUGCCAGAUGAAAAUAAUAAUAAGUGUCUGGUUUUCACAAAGUAGGAGCUAAAGGCAAUGAAACAUUUUGUGGCGUAUGUAAGGAAGUCAAUAAAACUACUUUUUUUUGAA